AUGUUCUUCGCUCUGUUUGGUUAUGGUCAACCAGCAACACAUUAUGUAUCGUCAGUUGCAAAUACACGUCGCGACUUCUACGGAAAGCUCGACUUCCACCGCCAAGGUCUCUUCGAUCAUUUGAUCGGAUCCAGCGCUCAGGAACUACUGUACUUCAGCGGUGGCGGCGGCGGCUCAACGGGCUCCUCCUCGAUGAAGACAGCGCUCAACAAGAUCUUCGAUCAAUAUCGUGAAGAUCCCAAGGCAGAGCCAGAUCUAGUUGGUAUCGAGGGAACGAUGAAGUAUUUUGGAGAUCUGAACGUGGAUCUUGAAGGUCUGGAGUCGUUCGCAGCACACGAGAUUGUCCAGGCUCCUGCUAUGGGAGAACUGAGUCGAGAAGGAUUCGUCAACGGCUGGCAAGAGCGGAACUGCGACACCAUAGAGAAGCAGAAGGCCUACAUCAAGAACCUCAAGUCAGAGCUCCCAGGCAACCGGGAACUCUUCGAUCGCGUCUACAAGUACGCCUUCACCAUCGCGAAAGCCGGCAACUCAAAACAAGCUGCUCUCGAGCAAGCGAUUGCCUUCUGGGACCUCCUCUUCGCCUCACCCCUGUCUGCAAUCAAGUGGUCAAGCGCCAGUACGCCCUGGCUAGACUGGUGGAAGGACUUCCUCACCACCUCGUUCAAGAAGAGCGUGAACAAGGACAUGUGGAACGAGACGUUGAAGUUCGCCAAGCUUACACUUGCCGAUGAGGCCAUGACCUUCUGGACCGAGGAAUCGUCGUGGCCGUCGGUCAUCGAUGACUUUGUAGAGUGGGUCAAGACAGAGAAGCGCGGCGGUUCAAAGGAGGAACCUAUGGACGAGGAGUACUGA